AUGGGUUUAGAGGGAGCUGAUCGGUCUCUUUUGACUGCCACCGCAGGGCAGCUUCGGAUCUCUGCUACCCUCGAGAUAAAUGAGCUUGUUCGCAAAGAGCUCGCAAAUGGACACAAGGUUGUGCAUUUAGGUUUUGGAGAAGCUACAUUUCCACUACCAGAGGAGGUGGUCGACGCUCAUCGGACAGCAAGCCACAUGACAAGCUACCUGCCAGUGGCUGGUCUAAUGCGGUUGAGAGAGUCUAUUGCUCGAUUUCAGUCACGUCGUCUGAAUUGUCUCAUAAACCCAGAACAGGUUGUGGUUGCGCCCGGUUCGAAGCCGCUCCUCUUCGCACUAUUCGAUAUCCUUGAUGGCGACGUGCUGCUCCCACGGCCAUCAUGGGUCAGCUACGAGCCGCAGGUUACGCAUGCUCGAAAACGCCUGUUCUGGAUAGAGACUGACGAGCACGAUCGCCACACUAUUUCAAAUUCAGCUCUUUCCUCUGCAUUCGACCAGGCCACCUCAGAAGGAGCUAAUUCGCGAAUAAUGCUCAUUAAUAGUCCAUCGAACCCAACUGGACAGGCUUACUCGGAUGCGGACCUGGAGAGGAUCAGCCGCUUUUGCCGGAAUCACGACAUUACCCUGAUCAGUGAUGAGAUAUACUCUGACAUUUGUUUCUCCGAAGAAAAAGGGAUUAGCGCAGGUUAUGGCUCCCGUUUCAAGCUUGGGAAAAUGAUUCUGACAGGCGGUCUUUCCAAGACCUACUCUGCUGGUGGAUGGCGUGUUGGCUUUGCCAUCUUUCCAGCCACUAAAUUUGGUGAAACCGUUCAGCAAGCAGUUUUAGCAUACGCGUCAGAAUGUUGGUCUGCUGCUUCUGCCCCAGCUCAAGUAGCAGCUGCAAUAGCAUUCGAGCCGAGUGUGACCCAAGACCGGUAUCGCGAGAACGUAGCAUCGCUGCAUGAAGUUUGUACCAUGAGACUAUUCCACGCUUUACGAGACUGUGGCCUUGCCGUUGCAGAGCCAAAAGGCGCUUUCUAUCUUUAUCCUUCCUUUCAUCCAUAUGAGAAGCAAUUAAUUGGUCUCGGCAUUCACGACAGCCUCAACCUUUCCCGCUGGCUACUUCAAGAGUGUGGCAUUGCCGCUCUCCCUGGCUCGGCUUUUGGGGAAAAUGACACUGGCUCAGUUGGUGGUCGUUACCGUUUGAGAAUGGCAACUAGCGGCUUAUACUUCAAAGAAGAGUUAGACCGUUAUGAGGGGGGUUAUGAUCUGCUUGCGUCAACCCGGGAAAUCAACACUCGAAUCUCGCUUCCGCUACUUGAUGAAGCUAUAGUAGCGCUGAUGGAUGCUGUGGCGAAGCUCAAAUCGUCUGCCCAACAGUAA